AUGAUUGAAACCGAGAUCAUGACAGACAAGACGGAGCUCGACUCGAGCCUGCUGGAUCUCCCGCUGCCGCAACUUACAAAAACAACGAUAACCAGCGAGUACUGGGCCUCUCAGCACCAGGCCCAGCGCCUCAACAGCGUGGACGUUGACCUGCAAUCCUUUUGGACAUACUACAACAAAGAAUGCGUCAGGGCUCUCCACAAUGGAGGGCGAUACGUGGCUCUGCGAUCGCAUCGUGAUGUGGUUGACUGUAUUCACAAACUCAAGAGCGGGAUGCUGCGCCAUGACAUCAAGGAGGAACUGCGAGAGAAACUCACAGCGCCUCACGACAACGAAGACGAGAUGCUCGACAACUCGAUAGAUUUGGCCGCCAGUCUGCUUUUGAUGAUGAGCUUCUGCAGCUUCGCGUACGGUUUCUCUGGCAGAAGCCAUCUCCGUUGGAGUCACGGGUCUCUGGAGAGCUUUGUGGCAGCUUACUUUGACCCUGGAACUGCGCAUCUGGCCAAGGAGAAUGUCAAGAUGGAGAAGAUAUUCACUGCGCGCAACUUGUGCCGCAUUGCAGGGUUGGAUGUUGUUUGGACUGAUAACUUGGUAGACCAUCUCCGAUUGACGGAUGACGAUCGACGUGUGCACGUCUUCCAUCAUGCUUCGUUCCUACAUGUCCAACAGCAGAGGUUCGCCAUUCUUUAUCAACACUCAAUGUAUACGGAAACAAGGAAGUGGUUCUCGCAACUGUCUGAGGCGGGCCUUGACAAACGAGCCAUCCAGUGUGGACAACUGAAAACGGACCAUCGGCAAACUGAAAGGUUUAGAUUCUGGAAUGAUCGUCUUGUCGUGUUGAAGCAGGUCUUUGACGAAGCACAGCCGAAAUCGUUGUCGCAAUGGUGGUAUGAUAGACGGAAUGGCGUUCAAUGGUACUGCUCCUUAAUAGCAAAUGUUCCCAAUACAGAUUGUCAUCCGCUAAUACCAGUCGUCAAAAGGUACACAUUUUGGGUAGCCGUCCUUGUUCUUGUGUUGACAAUAUUCUUUGGGUUGGUGCAGAGUGUUGAGGGUGCUUUGCAAGUGUAUGCCUCCUUCAAGGGUCUCCAUGAAUCAAGAUGA